AUGAAACAUCGUGUAUUAAUUUUUCUAUUUUUCCUUGUUAUUUUGACACUUGAGCCAAUUUCAGCUCUUGGGAAAUCGAGUGAGUUGAAGAAGUUAGCGUAACUUCCAUGAAUCUGUUUUUUCUAGAACAUGGGAAACAUCAUCUGAAACAUAAACAUCAUGAUGAAUCGUGUGAAGAGAAACAUCACAAACACCAAAAUCAAGAAGAUUGUGAAGAGAGUCCCAAGGAUCUAGACAGCUGUGAGGAUGAACAUCCUAAGCCUACACCUAAUAUGGAAUGUGAUGAGUCGGGAACAACAUCUUCGGGACCAGGAAAUCAAGAUUCCACUCCAGUCUCGCCUGAACUUACAUCAACACCUUCGGGACCAGGAAAUCAAGAUUCCACUCCAGUCUCGCCUGAACUUACAUCAACACCUUCGGGACCAGGAAAUCAAGAUUCCACUCCAGUCUCGCCUGAACUUACAUCAACACCUUCGGGACCAGGAAAUCAAGAUUCCACUCCAGUCUCGCCUGAAGUUACAUCAACACCUUCGGGACCAGGAAAUCAAGAUUCCACUCCAGUCUCGCCUGAACUUACAUCAACACCUUCGGGACCAGGAAAUCAAGAUUCCACUCCAGCUUCGCCUGAAGUUACAUCAACACCUUCGGGACCAGGAAAUCAAGAUUCCACUCCAGUUUCGCCUGAAGUUACAUCAACACCUUCGGGACCAGGAAAUCAAGAUUCCACUCCAGUCUCGCCUGAACUUACAUCAACACCUUCGGGACCAGGAAAUCAAGAUUCCACUCCAGUUUCGCCUGAAGUUACAUCAACACCUUCGGGACCAGGAAAUCAAGAUUCCACUCCAGUUUCGCCUGAACUUACAUCAACACCUUCGGGACCAGGAAAUCAAGAUUCCACUCCAGUUUCGCCUGAACUUACAUCAACACCUUCAGGACCAGGAAAUCAAGAUUCCACUCCAGUCUCGUCUGAAGUUACAUCAACACCUUCGGGACCAGGAAAUCAAGAUUCCACUCCAGUCUCGCCUGAACUUACAUCAACACCUUCGGGACCAGGAAAUCAAGAUUCCACUCCAGUCUCGCCUGAAAUUACAUCAACACCUUCGGGACCAGGAAAUCAAGAUUCCACUCCAGUUUCGCCUGAAGUUACAUCAACACCUUCGGGACCAGGAAAUCAAGAUUCCACUCCAGUUUCGCCUGAAGUUACAUCAACACCUUCGGGACCAGGAAAUCAAGAUUCCACUCCAGUUUCGCCUGAAAUUACAUCAACACCUUCGGGACCAGGAAAUCAAGAUUCCACUCCAGUUUCGCCUGAAAUUACAUCAACACCUUCGGGACCAGGAAAUCAAGAUUCCACUCCAGUUUCGCCUGAAAUUACAUCAACACCUUCGGGACCAGGAAAUCAAGAUUCCACUCCAGUCUCGCCUGAAGUUACAUCAACACCUUCGGGACCAGGAAAUCAAGAUUCCACUACAACCUGUGAAGAACUUACAUCAACACCUUCGGGACCAGGAAAUCAAGAUUCCACUACAACCUGUGAAGAACUCACAUCAACACCUUCGGGACCAGGAAAUCAAGAUUCCACUCCAGUUUCGCCUGAAGUUACAUCAACACCUUCGGGACCAGGAAAUCAAGAUUCCACUCCAGUUUCGCCUGAACUUACAUCAACACCUUCGGGACCAGGAAAUCAAGAUUCCACUACAACCUGUGAAGAACUUACAUCAACACCUUCGGGACCAGGAAAUCAAGAUUCCACUCCAGUCUCGUCUGAAGUUACAUCAACACCUUCGGGACCAGGAAAUCAAGAUUCCACUCCAGUUUCGCCUGAAGUUACAUCAACACCUUCGGGACCAGGAAAUCAAGAUUCCACUCCAGUUUCGCCUGAACUUACAUCAACACCUUCGGGACCAGGAAAUCAAGAUUCCACUACAACCUGUGAAGAACUUACAUCAACACCUUCGGGACCAGGAAAUCAAGAUUCCACUCCAGUUUCGCCUGAAGUUACAUCAACACCUUCGGGACCAGGAAAUCAAGAUUCCACUACAACCUGUGAAGAACUUACAUCAACACCUUCGGGACCAGGAAAUCAAGAUUCCACUCCAGUUUCGCCUGAACUUACAUCAACACCUUCGGGACCAGGAAAUCAAGAUUCCACUACAACCUGUGAAGAACUUACAUCAACACCUUCGGGACCAGGAAAUCAAGAUUCCACUCCAGUUUCGCCUGAAGUUACAUCAACACCUUCGGGACCAGGAAAUCAAGAUUCCACUCCAGUCUCGUCUGAAGUUACAUCAACACCUUCGGGACCAGGAAAUCAAGAUUCCACUCCAGUCUCGUCUGAACUUACAUCAACACCUUCGGGACCAGGAAAUCAAGAUUCCACUACAACCUGUGAAGAACUUACAUCAACACCUUCGGGACCAGGAAAUCAAGAUUCCACUCCAGUUUCGCCUGAAGUUACAUCAACACCUUCGGGACCAGGAAAUCAAGAUUCCACUCCAGUCUCGCCUGAAGUUACAUCAACACCUUCGGGACCAGGAAAUCAAGAUUCCACUCCAGUUUCGCCUGAACUUACAUCAACACCUUCGGGACCAGGAAAUCAAGAUUCCACUACAACCUGUGAAGAACUUACAUCAACACCUUCGGGACCAGGAAAUCAAGAUUCCACUCCAGUUUCGCCUGAAGUUACAUCAACACCUUCGGGACCAGGAAAUCAAGAUUCCACUACAACCUGUGAAGAACUUACAUCAACACCUUCGGGACCAGGAAAUCAAGAUUCCACUCCAGUUUCGCCUGAACUUACAUCAACACCUUCGGGACCAGGAAAUCAAGAUUCCACUACAACCUGUGAAGAACUUACAUCAACACCUUCGGGACCAGGAAAUCAAGAUUCCACUCCAGUUUCGCCUGAAGUUACAUCAACACCUUCGGGACCAGGAAAUCAAGAUUCCACUACAACCUGUGAAGAACUUACAUCAACACCUUCGGGACCAGGAAAUCAAGAUUCCACUACAACCUGUGAAGAACUUACAUCAACACCUUCGGGACCAGGAAAUCAAGAUUCCACUCCAGUUUCGCCUGAACUUACAUCAACACCUUCGGGACCAGGAAAUCAAGAUUCCACUACAACCUGUGAAGAACUUACAUCAACACCUUCGGGACCAGGAAAUCAAGAUUCCACUCCAGUUUCGCCUGAAGUUACAUCAACACCUUCGGGACCAGGAAAUCAAGAUUCCACUCCAGUUUCGCCUGAACUUACAUCAACACCUUCGGGACCAGGAAAUCAAGAUUCCACUCCAGUUUCGCCUGAAGUUACAUCAACACCUUCGGGACCAGGAAAUCAAGAUUCCACUCCAGUCUCGCCUGAACUUACAUCAACACCUUCGGGACCAGGAAAUCAAGAUUCCACUCCAGUUUCGCCUGAACUUACAUCAACACCUUCGGGACCAGGAAAUCAAGAUUCCACUCCAGUUUCGCCUGAAGUUACAUCAACACCUUCGGGACCAGGAAAUCAAGAUUCCACUCCAGUCUCGUCUGAAGUUACAUCAACACCUUCGGGACCAGGAAAUCAAGAUUCCACUCCAGUCUCGUCUGAAGUUACAUCAACACCUUCGGGACCAGGAAAUCAAGAUUCCACUACAACCUGUGAAGAACUUACAUCAACACCUUCGGGACCAGGAAAUCAAGAUUCCACUCCAGUUUCGCCUGAAGUUACAUCAACACCUUCGGGACCAGGAAAUCAAGAUUCCACUCCAGUCUCGUCUGAAGUUACAUCAACACCUUCGGGACCAGGAAAUCAAGAUUCCACUCCAGUUUCGCCUGAAGUUACAUCAACACCUUCGGGACCAGGAAAUCAAGAUUCCACUCCAGUUUCGCCUGAACUUACAUCAACACCUUCGGGACCAGGAAAUCAAGAUUCCACUACAACCUGUGAAGAACUUACAUCAACACCUUCGGGACCAGGAAAUCAAGAUUCCACUCCAGUCUCGCCUGAAGUUACAUCAACACCUUCGGGACCAGGAAAUCAAGAUUCCACUCCAGUCUCGCCUGAACUUACAUCAACACCUUCGGGACCAGGAAAUCAAGAUUCCACUCCAGUUUCGCCUGAACUUACAUCAACACCUUCAGGACCAGGAAAUCAAGAUUCCACUCCAGUCUCGCCUGAACUUACAUCAACACCUUCGGGACCAGGAAAUCAAGAUUCCACUCCAGUCUCGCCUGAAAUUACAUCAACACCUUCGGGACCAGGAAAUCAAGAUUCCACUCCAGUUUCGCCUGAAGUUACAUCAACACCUUCGGGACCAGGAAAUCAAGAUUCCACUCCAGUUUCGCCUGAAGUUACAUCAACACCUUCGGGACCAGGAAAUCAAGAUUCCACUCCAGUUUCGCCUGAAAUUACAUCAACACCUUCGGGACCAGGAAAUCAAGAUUCCACUCCAGUUUCGCCUGAAAUUACAUCAACACCUUCGGGACCAGGAAAUCAAGAUUCCACUCCAGUCUCGCCUGAAGUUACAUCAACACCUUCGGGACCAGGAAAUCAAGAUUCCACUACAACCUGUGAAGAACUCACAUCAACACCUUCGGGACCAGGAAAUCAAGAUUCCACUCCAGUCUCGCCUGAAGUUACAUCAACACCUUCGGGACCAGGAAAUCAAGAUUCCACUCCAGUUUCGCCUGAAGUUACAUCAACACCUUCGGGACCAGGAAAUCAAGAUUCCACUCCAGUUUCGCCUGAACUUACAUCAACACCUUCGGGACCAGGAAAUCAAGAUUCCACUACAACCUGUGAAGAACUUACAUCAACACCUUCGGGACCAGGAAAUCAAGAUUCCACUCCAGUUUCGCCUGAAGUUACAUCAACACCUUCGGGACCAGGAAAUCAAGAUUCCACUACAACCUGUGAAGAACUUACAUCAACACCUUCGGGACCAGGAAAUCAAGAUUCCACUCCAGUUUCGCCUGAACUUACAUCAACACCUUCGGGACCAGGAAAUCAAGAUUCCACUACAACCUGUGAAGAACUUACAUCAACACCUUCGGGACCAGGAAAUCAAGAUUCCACUCCAGUUUCGCCUGAAGUUACAUCAACACCUUCGGGACCAGGAAAUCAAGAUUCCACUCCAGUUUCGCCUGAAGUUACAUCAACACCUUCGGGACCAGGAAAUCAAGAUUCCACUCCAGUUUCGCCUGAACUUACAUCAACACCUUCGGGACCAGGAAAUCAAGAUUCCACUCCAGUUUCGCCUGAAGUUACAUCAACACCUUCGGGACCAGGAAAUCAAGAUUCCACUCCAGUUUCGCCUGAAGUUACAUCAACACCUUCGGGACCAGGAAAUCAAGAUUCCACUCCAGUUUCGCCUGAAGUUACAUCAACACCUUCGGGACCAGGAAAUCAAGAUUCCACUCCAGUUUCGCCUGAAGUUACAUCAACACCUUCGGGACCAGGAAAUCAAGAUUCCACUCCAGUUUCGCCUGAACUUACAUCAACACCUUCGGGACCAGGAAAUCAAGAUUCCACUCCAGUUUCGCCUGAAGUUACAUCAACACCUUCGGGACCAGGAAAUCAAGAUUCCACUCCAGUCUCGUCUGAACUUACAUCAACACCUUCGGGACCAGGAAAUCAAGAUUCCACUCCAGUUUCGCCUGAAGUUACAUCAACACCUUCGGGACCAGGAAAUCAAGAUUCCACUCCAGUCUCGUCUGAACUUACAUCAACACCUUCGGGACCAGGAAAUCAAGAUUCCACUCCAGUUUCGCCUGAAGUUACAUCAACACCUUCGGGACCAGGAAAUCAAGAUUCCACUCCAGUUUCGCCUGAACUUACAUCAACACCUUCGGGACCAGGAAAUCAAGAUUCCACUCCAGUUUCGCCUGAAGUUACAUCAACACCUUCGGGACCAGGAAAUCAAGAUUCCACUCCAGUCUCGUCUGAACUUACAUCAACACCUUCGGGACCAGGAAAUCAAGAUUCCACUCCAGUUUCGCCUGAACUCACAUCAACACCUUCGGGACCAGGAAAUCAAGAUUCCACUCCAGUCUCGCCUGAAGUUACAUCAACACCUUCGGGACCAGGAAAUCAAGAUUCCACUCCAGUCUCGCCUGAACUUACAUCAACACCUUCGGGACCAGGAAAUCAAGAUUCCACUCCAGUUUCGCCUGAAGUUACAUCAACACCUUCGGGACCAGGAAAUCAAGAUUCCACUCCAGUUUCGCCUGAACUUACAUCAACACCUUCGGGACCAGGAAAUCAAGAUUCCACUCCAGUUUCGCCUGAAGUUACAUCAACACCUUCGGGACCAGGAAAUCAAGAUUCCACUCCAGUCUCGCCUGAACUUACAUCAACACCUUCGGGACCAGGAAAUCAAGAUUCCACUCCAGUUUCGCCUGAAGUUACAUCAACACCUUCGGGACCAGGAAAUCAAGAUUCCACUCCAGUUUCGCCUGAACUUACAUCAACACCUUCGGGACCAGGAAAUCAAGAUUCCACUCCAGUUUCGCCUGAAGUUACAUCAACACCUUCGGGACCAGGAAAUCAAGAUUCUACUCCAGUCUCGACUUCAACAACCCGCGAAAGAAAAACCAAAAAAACGACGCCAACCCUCAAACCAAGUCGCGCAACUCGUCUAACAACAAGAAUUCCAGAAAGUUGCGGUAAGUAGAAGCAGGGGAGAUUGAUUUUUCGGAUGUUUUUUUUUUUUGCAGAACCCGAGCCUGAGCCAGAACCCGAAUCUUGCGAAGAUCAAACUCAAGAAGAAUUCUGUGAAGAAGAAUUUGAAGAAAAUAUGGAAAGUUGUGAGGAAUCAGCGGAAAACGACAGAAAAUCGAUUAGAAUUGGAUUUGGAAAACCAAAAUCGAAUUAA